UACAUUCUGCGACUGUAAACUCCGGUGAUAAACCAUGUGCUCCUGUCUUGGUUAAUGCAAAGUAUGUUGUCGGCCUUGGUCUUUCCAAAGUUGUAAGUUUUGUAACGUUGAAUGGGAAAGAAAAAAUAUGACUAGUGAGUUAAGAGAAAUGUUGGAGGAGAGUGUAGAGGCCAGACAUUUAUUUGCGGAACUUGAAGGGGGGAAAAAUCAUUCAUUUUUGUGGUCGUAUGGUCUGAAUAGAACCGAGAGCUAGCCAUCGAUUACGAGUUACCUGCACUGUCACCAAGUGUGUUUAGGUUUGUUCUUUGGCUUAACAUACGCAUGAAAACAGCCUGGAAAAUUUGAUCAAGAUGAGACUUCUUAAUCCCCAAAAGUUAAAUGAACUACAGAGGAACCCAAAUAGAGUACGUAAUAUCUGCAUCCUUGCUCAUGUUGAUCAUGGAAAAACUACACUGGCUGAUUCCUUGGUGGCCACCAAUGGAAUUAUCUCUCCAAAAAUGGCUGGUAAACUAAGAUAUAUGGAUAGUCGUAAGGAUGAGCAAGAGCGUGGAAUAACUAUGAAAAGCAGUUCCAUUGCCUUAUUACAUAAUAAAGGUGGAGAAGAAUAUCUUGUUAAUUUGAUAGACUCUCCUGGUCAUGUGGAUUUUGCAUCAGAAGUGUCAACAGCUGUAAGGCUUUGCGAUGGAGCUGUUGUGGUGGUGGAUGUUGUGGAGGGAGUGUGUCCGCAAACACAGGCAGCUCUGAAGCAGGCAUGGUUAGAGAAUAUUCGUCCAGUAUUAGUAUUGAACAAGAUGGAUCGUUUGAUCCUUGAAAUGAAAUUGUCACCUCUGGAUGCGUAUGUUCAUCUCACACAAAUCUUGGAACAGGUUAAUGCUGUUAUGGGAGAAUUGUUUACCAGCGAGGUGUUGGGUCGAACAGUACCAGAAAAGUCACAGUCGCAAAUAGAUCCUGAUAAAGCAAGUAGCCUGUUAUAUGACUGGAGUGCAGGGCUUGAAGAUGCGGAUGAUUCUCAUCUGUACUUUUCACCAGAUCAAGGGAAUGUCAUUUUUGCCAGUGCCGUGGAUGGUUGGGGUUUUGGUAUAGAACAUUUUGCAAAAUUAUAUGCAGAUAAACUAGGUGUUAAUGAAAAAGUCCUACAGAAGACUUUGUGGGGAGAUUUUUAUCUUCAUGGUAAAACAAAACGAGUGAUGAAGGGUGCCCAGGAAAAAGCCAAGAAACCUUUGUUUGUCCAGUUUGCGUUGGAGAACCUGUGGGCUGUUUAUGAUACAGUUGUCAUUAGGAAGGAGAAGGAUAAACUACAAAAGAUAGCUGACAGCCUAAACAUCAAGUUGACUGUCAGAGACAUGCGUCACACAGAUGGAAAGGUGCAAUUACAGGCCCUCUGUGGACAGUGGUUGCCACUUGCCAAAACAUUAUUAGAUAUGGUGUGCACAAAAUUACCUGCUCCAUGUGAAAUAACAGAAGAAAAGGCAGAGAAGCUGAUGUGCUCUGCAACUGAGAGGUUUGACAGUUUACCAAGUGAUACUCAGAAACUGAAAUCAGUAUUCAUGGCAUGUUCGAGUGAUGAAGAUGCACCUGUGAUUGUAUUCAUCUCCAAAAUGUUUCCAAUGGAACGCAGAUGUCUUCCCCAGUAUCGUUCACAUCCAUUGACAGCUGCUGAGAUAGCUGAACGCAGGGAGAAGACUCGUCUGCAACAUGCACAAAGACUUGCUCAGAGUGAAACUCCAUUUUCUGUAGAAGGUUGUGGAGAUUAUGUGAACCCAGGAACUCAUCUUCUUUCAUCUGGAGAUCAGAUGAAGAUAGAAGAACAGAAGGAACAGGAACAGAAUGAUGCCGAUGCGUUUAUUGCAUUUGCACGAGUCUUCAGUGGCACAAUUAAGAAAGGGCAGGAACUCUACGUGUUAGGGCCUAAACAUGAACCACAGUCUGCGCUAGAAAAGUUAGAAAGUGGGGAGGUGAUUAAUCCUGAUUUAACUCUUAAGGAUCUGAAAUCAGGACAGCACAUUACUAGAGUUAAAAUUGAUCAACUGUACCUGUUGAUGGGAAGGGAAUUGGAGACUUUGGAUUCUGUGCCUGCUGGAAAUGUGUUUGGUAUUGGAGGCCUAGAAGAGCACGUAUUAAAAUCUGCAACUUUAUCUUCUACUGUAGCAUGCCCAGCUUUUACAGAAUUAGCUCAAGUUGUAGUACCGAUCGUACGUGUAGCUGUGGAGCCAACACACGCUCAGGACAUGGCUGCCCUAGUACGUGGACUGCGACUGUUAAAUCAGGCUGACGCCUGUGUGCAAGUCAUCGUACAGGAGACAGGUGAACACGUUCUGGUCACUGCAGGGGAGGUACAUCUUCAACGCUGUCUGGACGAUCUCAGAGAGAGGUAUGCAAAAGUGGCAAUAAAUGCUUCUGAGCCCAUCGUUCCUUUUCGUGAAACUGUAGUUGUUCCGCCAACUGUGGACAUGGUCAAUGAGGCAAUUCAAGAUCAGAAUACAGCGAGUAAGGAUGGAGACAAAGAAAAUGCUGGCGAAGUAAUAACUUUGAGUACGUCUAACAAACAUUCGACAAUAAAGAUCCGUGCAGCGCCUCUCCCGACAGAAGUAACAAGUCUUCUUGAGGUUCACGCAGAUCUUCUUAAGGCAGUCGAUAAACAUAUUCAUUCCGAAGCCGGCCAGCAGAAUAGCGAGAUGUUUGAAGACUCUUUGUCAGAAAGUCAAAUGGUGCUCACGGAAAGAACGCUGAAAGCGAUCGAGACGUUGAAAGAGAAACUCAAGGAUGCAUUUUCUAGUGCUGGUGAUGAGUGGAAAUGUGCAGAAAGUCAAAUUUGGAGUGUAGGUCCACGGCGAUGUGGUCCUAACAUAUUAUUAAACAGAAUACCCGCAUACGAUCACCCAUCUGUAUGGCAGAGGUUACGUGGUUCAGAUCGUCGUUUAGAGUAUGAUAGCAGUUUUGUUAACGGCUUCCAGUUGGCUACACUGGCAGGACCUCUGUGUGAGGAACCAAUGAUGGGCGUUUGCUUUAUUGUUGAAGACUGGACACUUGCUGAGGAGACUCAACUGGAUCACCCAUCUUCACGUGAGACUACAAGCAGCAGUCAACCCUACGGGCCCUUUUCAGGACAGAUUAUGUCUGCAGUGAAAGAAGGUUGUCGGAAGGCAUUCCAAGCUCGGCCCCAGCGACUCAUGGCCGCUAUGUACAGUUGCAACAUCCAGGUCAAUGCUGAAGCGCUUGGUAAAAUGUACGCUGUGCUCGGACGUCGCCAUGGACGGGUUCUUCACGGCGACAUGCAGGAAGGAUCUAGCACAUUCACAGUCACCGCUGUGCUACCCGUCGUCGAGAGUUUCGAGUUUGCUCCCGAGAUUCGCAAGCAGACGUCAGGGCUGGCAAGUCCUCAGCUCGUCUUCAGCCAUUGGGAGGUUAUUGACAUAGAUCCAUUCUGGACUCCUCACACAGAAGAAGAGUAUCUACACUACGGAGAGAAGGCAGACUCUGGAAACAGAGCUCGUCGUUACAUGGAUGCUGUGCGCCGUCGUAAAGGACUUGCAGUACAGGAGAAAUUGGUUGAAUUUGCAGAGAAACAGAGGACACUUUCAAAAAACAAAUAAAUUUCUUAUUACGUUAGGUUGACAGGUCUACACAACAAUUCUUGAUUAUAGUUCCAGUGUUUAAGAGUCCGCUGAUUGUUUUGACUGUAAUUGGAAGAUGGCCAAUUAAGGUCGAAACAUAUAGUGGAUUCUUAAUAAACAUUGAAACUAGAAUUAACACUUGUUGUGUAGACGGACUGUCAGCCUAAUGUUCAAUACACAACAGGAUGUAUCCUGUAAAACUCAAAUUACUUGUUAAUUGUAUAUAGGAUUCAUAUUAAAGCCUGUGUGUAACCUA